AUGCCGUCGAACAUCCAGGUCUUUGUGAAAUGGAAGGAUCAAACAAUCUUUGCGGGGGAGAAUGUGGAAUGUACUAUCACAUUCAAGAACGUGGCAGAGACCGGAUCCGAAGUCAACGCUGGUGAAGGCCAACACCAGCGCAAGGCGUCUCGAGUCGCCAACCAUUCUGGCAACAAUAAUUCCGACUCCUUCUUUGGCUUCAAAUCACCCCAAAGACUGUUUUCGGAUCGACGGUCUUUUUCGAUCGGCUCCUCAAGGAGACCGGUUGCCCACCGCACCGCUUCAUCCCUGAGCUCCCCACUCGUUGCUUCUCAGAGCUUCCCGCCCGCCGGCAACCCCUCCUCCACACCUCGAAGCUGGCAACCUGGUCACAGCAGUAAGCGAUCUGUAUCAAUUCUUUCAAUUGAUAGUGAAGGCCAGCCAGACAAAUCGCCAUCGCCGCACUUGACUCGAGGCAAGCCUGCUAGGGGUCAUGGACGCUCAACCAGUCUCCAGAUCACCCCAAGGAGGCAUGAUAGCUAUGAUGAUUCUUACAGGAAAGCCGCCAGAGCUCCAAUGCGCGGUCUGCCAUUAAGAGAAUCAGACGAAUCUGCCCCCGGAAACCUACGAGUUGACACCAAUAAUGUGGGGGCUACAAGCCGACCUGGAUCCAUUGCAGAAAGUCCUGUAAAUACAAUCGAGCCAUUGCGCCCAGCACGAAGACCUCAACUACCUUCCUUUGACUUCAAAUUCCCGGCUGCCCCUCCAAACGACACCAAUCGCCCCGCCCCGACCCCUUCACCCAAAUCUGAAAGACUUCCAUCACCAGGGAAAGGUCCAGGGAGAGAUCCAUCGGUAUUGGGACCUCCAUCGCACCAACAAGUCACACGGAUUAUAUCAGCCACUAGUGUGAAUGGAAGCAGUCGAAGCAGUGGUGAAUUUUACUCGGUCAGUGAUCACUCGACGGAGACAUUGGCAUCUGAGUAUACAAACUAUUCGGCCCAAGGAGGGCGUGCACCUCCGCCUGUCCGACACGGACGACAUUAUUCGAGUGUUGUACCCUCGUCAGCAAAAUCCGCAGAUAGCCAGGCGCUGCUGAUGGGCUAUGCCCAGAUCAGUGCAUCAUUUACCGUCGACGGCUCAUUGGUAAAUCAGUCAGUCUUUGACGAAGUUAAACGCAAAGGAGUGGUUGGUGGCCAAGCAGGCACUGGUGGGCUGCCAGGACGACCAAGCUCUGCCAGUACUGAACGUGCUCGCAAAGGGGGUGGUGGCUUUUGGGGUGCGCUCAAGUGGAACGCCAUUGAGGAAUCCAUCAGUGGUCUCUUGUCAAACAAUGAGCUUGACGGUCUUCGAGACAUGCGUGGAGUUGCUUCGUCGCGCUCAAUUCCGCUGCUUUCUACUCCACAGUCCCUUCUUUUUGUCGAUCUGCGACUAGCACCGGGGGAGGAACAGUCUUAUUCCUUCUCCUUUUCUCUUCCAAGGGGACUCCCGGCGAGUCAUAAAGGGAAAGCCAUCAAGAUAUCAUACAAUCUCGUUAUUGGAACCCAGCGACCUAGUGCGCCCAACGAUACUCAGCGGGUCAACCGCAUCAACAUACCGUUCCGUGUGUAUAGCGGAGUAAAUGAGAAAGGAGAUGUUUUGGGUCAUGAUCUGAUGUCUCCAUACGUGCUUCUGCGUGACGAAGCCAAGGUUCAAAAAGUCGCACCUAACGCUCCGGUGGUUCCAAAACCGCAGAGCCUGAGUGGACUUUGGAAUUCGGCUGGCGACUUUAUCUCCUACGUCGAUGAGAUUCUUGAACAGCGUGCACGCUCAAAUUCACUUUUCCCACCGGGGGCCCUUCCAGAACGCCGAGCAAGCUACGAUGGACCUCCUCAGCCGCUGUCCUGCAAGGACAUCAUUGAUAUGGCAAUUCUUCGCAGUAAUCAAGCAGCUCAAUCAUCGCGGCGCAGUCCCAAUAGAUUUGAGAUUGCCCGCGAUGGCAAGCGUAUUGCAGUGGUUGUCCUAAACCGCCCAGUACACCGGAUUGGCGAAACCAUCAUUGCUACCGUGGAUUUCGGCAAUGCUUCCAUCCCGUGCUAUGCUGUGCGAGCUUCAUUAGAAACAUCUGAAAAGGUCGUGCCUACUCUAGCUGUUCGAUCAAACGCCAGUAUCCACCGAACUACCCGUCGCAUCCAUGCAUCCCUAUUUGAAAAUACCCUCUAUGCUACCCGUGUGGUCUUCAGCCCCGCUAUACCUAUUACUGCCACCCCGACUAUUCUCACCAGCGGCGUGACCCUCGAUUGGGACCUACGCUUCGAGUUUGUGACACCGAAUACAGUCAAUGAGCAUGGUCACGGUCCUUCUGGCAUCCAACUGCUUGAAUCGAUGUCUUGUGAUGAUCGUGGUAAAGUUUUUUCUGCAUCGGAGCAUUUGGGCUGUGAAUCAUUUGAAAUUUCCAUCCCGUUGACCGUCUACGGUGAAAGUGUCCGGGAACAAUUGCCAGAAGAGAACAACGGAUACGCUAUUUGA